GGAUAUCAUAAAUUUGACUUGCCCAAAACCACAUCAUGAAAACUUACGAGCAUUUUCGAAGUGUAUUCGCGUUUAUAUCUAUUCUCUAUUCCCUAGUCACAUUAUCGCAAACUCGGCUAUGUCCGAAUGUCAAUAUCGAAGAUAAUCAAUUAAAUAAUCCGAUCGUAUGGAGAAAUCAACCACAGAUUCACGUGGUAAAUUGGAUAAACGAUAAUUUAUGCAACAAUGUUCAAGAGUGUUACGGAAACGAUAAUAAUAAUUUAGAAAAAUCUGAACAUUUUCCUCAACUUUGCCCAUUAUAUGUUCAAUUCGGAGACCCAAUUUAUUUUGUUUCUGGACCAGGCGAAAAAGAUUUUCUUAAUCCAAUAGCAGUCAGCCAAAGAGAUUUUUAUAAUUGCAGCCUCAUAACUUAUCCUUACUAUUGGAAAGUGACGACGUUCCCAAAAAGACAUUCUUUAAAGGUUCCUUUAAAAUUUCUAUUUCCCAGCGAUCAUCAUUUUAUGCAAAUCCCAUUCCUAGGAUCGCCCGGAUGUGAAACUGGGUUUAGAUUAAAGGUUACUGUUAGAACCCAAGAUUGCACUGUUUCAUCAUACCCUAAUAAACCUUGUUUUGAUAAUGGAUAUUGCGUCUUCAUCAAUGAUAAAGGAGGUGACAAACUUAAUAAUGGUAAUGAAACGGGCCAAAAUUGUUCUUUAAAAAAUCCUAAUGAUCUCGUUAAUCAAGAAGGCCUGCAAAUUUUUACCUGUAAAUGUCGCGUGCCUUAUAAAGGUAGAUAUUGUGAAGAUUAUGACGCUUGUUGGAAUCAUGCUUGCCAAAAUGGAGGUUUAUGUAACGAUUUGAGGAAAGGCAUUAACAACAGGGAAUACACAUGCACUUGUCAAAUAAACUAUAUAGGUAAACAUUGCGAAUACGUAAAAUCUUGCUUUGAAGGGCUCUGUCAAAAUGGAGGCCAAUGCUUUUACGAUACAACUCGCCCAGCCCAUUUCCAAUGCAUCUGUCUUCCAGGAUUCAGUGGAAAUCGUUGUGAGAUUACUACCGGACCAGAACGACAAUAUUUAGAUAACAUUACAGGAAAUUUAAUUCGUGAACAAGAAGCAAGAGACAAAGCACUUCAAGAGGGAGGACAAGAUAUGAUACAAACAUUGGACAAUAUGGGAGUUAACUCCUCUCGUUUAUCUUAUCCGCGGAUCUUAAUAGCUCCUUUUAUAUACAGAAAUAUGACAGCACCAUCUACUUGUAACCCUGCUCAAACAGGGGCUGAUUGUUUCGAGUGUGGAUGUCCCCAUAGCGGUGUUUGCAUUCGAGAAAGCCCCCAAGGCCCUAAUACUUGUUUUUGCCCUCCGGGUGUUUCAGGACCAUCUUGUAAAACCCUGGCAGGUGUCUGUACAUAUGCUCAACCUUGUUCAAAUGGUGGAACGUGUUUAGAGAGGAUGGCAGGUGGGAAGGCAAAUGAUAAAGAAUCAGAUCAAGAGGAUGAAGAUGCAUUGGUAUUUCCCGCUCCCGGAGAAAACGCUCCACCUCAGCCCACUAUAUCAUGGUCACUUUUGACUGCGACACCAAUGCCUCAGUCCCUUGUAACGACUGGAAACUCAAAUCUCGGUGAUUCAUCUUCUACUACUAAACAAGCUUAUAUAUGUCUCUGCUCUAAAGGUUAUUAUGGUUAUAAUUGCGACACAAAAUCUAAGGACGGGCGAGUCUGUACCACUUCAGAUUGUUGCAAAGAUGGGGAGGGUGAAAUUGUAGGCCCUGGCAUGGACAAAAGUUCUAACAUAGAUUCCUCCAAAAAGUCUCAUUAUGGACACACAGUUAAACCAAACUACUCUUAUACAGAAGCUUUCAGAACUAGUUAUACUAAGGAUUAUACACCAACGAGCAUUUCUCCUGACACUCAAAAAAUUAUCGAUGACUUAAAACUCUCUUGCCAUAAUGGUGCCACUCCAUACAUACAUUCUUCAAAUGAUUUAAGAACAUUUAUGUGCUAUUGUCCACAGAAUUUUGUUGGAAAAUUUUGUGAGACGUCUUUAAUUCCUGACACGGACCCUAAUACUGUUCCAUAUAUUAAUUUUGCAACUACAUCGAAUUUGUUACAGCCAAAUGAAAUUGAAAGUCUAAAACUUUCUUGCCAAAACGGUGCCACGCCUUAUAUUCAUCCCUCUGGAGAUUUGAGAACAUUUGUUUGUUAUUGUCCUUCAAAAUUUAUCGGAAAAUACUGUGAAACAUCUUUAACUGCCGAAACAGAAGUGAUUUUCAAUGCUGAUUCAGCAUCAACAUAUCAACCUAUAUUUCCUGUAGUGGGAUAUACUCAACAGCCAGAUGAUUACUGGUUACGUGAAUCUUAUUCACCAGCACCCCAGACUUCAUCUUCAUUUCCUCCAUAUGGAGUUAUAAGAGACGAUAUAAUAACGCCCAAACCUCCUUAUAUCGCAAAUAAUUUACCUCCUCAACAAUAUAAUCCUUAUCAAGUACCUUUCAAUAAAUCUUAUCACAUUGAUUAUACAUCCGACCCUUAUCAGUAUAAUCAAAAUGUGCAAUAUAAAAGUCAGCUAGACCCAGGAUAUAUAUCAGAAGCUCUCACACCUACCUUUAUCUACCCUUCUUACCCACAGAAUUACCAAACAGAGUACGCGACGCCAAAUCCUAUGUCACAUUACCCCAUCUUUAUUGCCAAGCAUUAUAAUAAAUUUCCCAAAUUGCCUUACAUGAACUGUGAAAACGGAGGCACUCCAUAUCACACCGGCCCUCUAGAUAAUUUUUAUUGCAUUUGUCCUUCCAACUUUUUUGGUAAAUUUUGCGAGAGUGUUACUCCUCCAAUUUCUCACACUCCUAUCAUAACAAUCUAUGAUCCUGUAAGAGAGGAUUAUUCUCCUCUACCUUAUAAUGAACCGGAUCUUUAUGGAGCUACAAGCUAUCCAUUUAAGCCAUUUAUAGGCCAAGUAGUGUGCCACAAUGGAGGUACGAUAGUUAAUGAAAAUACAUGUAGAUGCCCGAGGGGAUUUUCAGGUAAUCAAUGUGAGAUAUCUCAGCCUGUAGAAGCAGUACUUCCGGGUGGUAUUAUUCAAACUGGUCAACAAUAUACUACAACAAAUGUUCCUGCACCGUCCACAUCAUUAAUCGCAAAAGAGGGAGUAUGUGUCGAUAAUUAUGAAUGUCAAAAUGGUGGCGAAUGCUUGAAAAAAAUGUUACCCGAUGGAAAUACGGAUAAUAAAUGUCUAUGUCAAUUAUCAUAUGGCGGGAAUAUAUGUGAAAAUUCCAUUGAUUUGACCAAUCCUUUAUUCACCGGCACUUCGUUUAUAAACUACGAUCAACCAAUCGUUUGGGACAAUGGGCGAAUAACUUUUGAAACGCAAAUAGUUCCAUUAAAAGACGAUGGCACCAUUUUUAAAGUUGUAAACAGCGGACAAAAUCCACCUAACACCAAUGUUACCUUUCAUUUGUAUAUGAAAGAUGGAAAACUAAAUUACGAUGUGAUCCACGUGCCAACUGGCACCAUUUUGGCCCAUGUUAGAUCACAUAACACUGAUUUAAAUGGGAGAAAGAGCACCAUAACCAUAGAGAAUAAUUUAGUACCCGGCACUAAUAGACUGGGAUCCGUGGCCUUGUCCGUCGAUAAUGAUAGGGCACAAUCUCGGGACGUAAUAAGCGUGGUUAACAAUACUUUACCUUCCUACAAUGUUGAGAUUAAGAUGUUGCCUAAAUCUGAAAUUUUUAUUGGUGCCCCUUCGAGAGAGAGCGUUUUAAAAACUAAAGACGAAAUGAAUAAUGGAAAAGAGACAAAUUUUCAAGGCUCUAUUCUUAGUUUCUCUAUCAACGGUAGGCCUAUUAAAUUGAUAAAAGAUGCUACUAAUGGGUUAGGUGUUAUCAACAACACUCCCGGGACCUGCGAAAAUAUGUGUCGUAACGGAGCUCAAUGCAUGACGGAGGGUUGGAGGUCGUUCUGCCAAUGUCCCGAAGGUUUUCAAGGUGCAUUUUGCGAAAGCAGAUCAUGUGACCAUUGCCUAAACGGAGGAAUGUGUAUAGAUUUAAGAGGAAAUGAUAACUAUGCCUGUUUAUGUCCUUAUGGAUGGACUGGAAUUAAUUGUGAUCAAAAACUUGAUAUUGACGUCAAAAACACUUUUAAAUUUAACGGCAUGAAAUUCGGUUAUCCUUCAUAUGUGACAUUUGCCCCACUUUCGCCGUCCAUCCAAAAUGAUUUUGAGAUAAAGUUUAAGUUUAUAAUAGACGAAAGAGAGUCAGCGGUAUGGAAAAAUAGUUUGCUGAUGUUUGCCGGUCAAAAUACGGCUCAGAGUUCUCGCAACCCUUAUAUAGCAGUAGGUCUACAGAACGGAUACGUGGUCUUUAGAUAUGAUUUAGCUAAUGAGGGUGAAAAUGAAAUGAGGGAAUUAGUUUCCCCUCAGCCUUUAGACCGUUCAAUACCGUCACACGAGGUAAGAUUUGGUAGAAAUAGACAAGACAGUUGGUUAAAUGUCGACUCUCAACAAGCAGUAAUUGACAAAUCGCAAUCAAACGCUCGUUUAGAUAUAUGGAACGGGUUAUUUGUAGGCGGAUAUAAUACAUUUUUGAUGCGUUUACUUCCUCGAGGGGCUUCCGUUUUUAGGAAUGGAUUUAAAGGAUGUAUAUAUGAUAUAUAUAUUCGCAAUGGCCCAACCGAAUUAAAAACUAUAUUGGAUAGUGGAGCUCAUUUGACCCAAAGUUUGAACGUUUUGCCUUGCUUUAAAGAAUCCUUAUGUUCAAGUGCUUCGUGUCAGAAUAAUGGAGUGUGCAUGGAAUUAGGAGCUAAUUAUCAUUGCCGCUGCACCCCUCAAUAUGCUGGACCUACUUGUGACAUGAUUAAUCCUCAAUUUUCUACUACCACCAUUUCCAAUGCAAUUCAAACCAAUAUUGGUGGAAUCAUUAUCCCGGGAAGUCAAUCUAUCUCACCUGCAACUGACAUGCAAACGAUAAGUUCUACUUCCAUAGAUUCAUUUAGUAGAAAUCAAUGUGAACUUAUCAUAGACAAUUCAUUGAACGAGGCCUUUAGCGUUAAUAUUAAAUUCGCAGGGAAUCCCGAUACCGAUCAGAUUAUCAUUAUUUUGAAUAUCAUGGCGGAAAACAAAUCUCUCUACAAACUCACAUUCGUUUUGGAUUUCCGCCCAUUGAUUAACAUAAAAAAAGGAGAAACGCUAGCCAUUAAAGAUGACGUAUUUAUAUUACCACUAAAUAACUCUAUGACUAUUCGAAACUUCACACUGUCCAAAAUCAAAUCCAAACUAACCAUAAACGUUAACGAUGUAAUCCAUGAUCUCCAAGUCAAUAUUACAAAUCACGAAAUCAUACAUAGUUUAUCCUUAGGACUGGGAAAUUUAAACCAAAACGCAACAAGCGAAUCCAUAUUUAACGCGAAUAAAAAGUUCUGUUACAAAACCGCCGAAUUGAUAAUACAAAACUCUGUCAUUAACAUUGAAGAUUAUUUUAAUUGCAAUAUGAUUCAAAAAUGCACAAACUAGAUGUAGAAAACGGCUAAAUCUCUGCAAAGGCUUUAAAACCAAUCUUAAACUAUUUGCUUUUUUUGUACAUAAAAAUUGUUAUAAAUAUUAUAAAAUAUAGAUUUUAGCGCAAUACAAUUUAUAAUAUAUAGAGAAUAAUAAAAUAGUAAUAUAAUUAAUAUCUAAAUAUUAUUUUUUUAUAAUAUUGGAUAUACUGUAAAAUAUACAUAGCAUUAAAUUUACAUUGUUUCAUAAAUUAAAAUAAAAAUAUGAUAUACUA